AUGUUCACCAAGACCGCCCUCCUCGCCCUUGCGGCGCUCCCCUUCUCCUUCGCCCAGAUUUCUGAGGACUUCGAGGCCGGCUGGGACGAGACGGCGUGGCCCAUCUAUGCGCCCGACUGCAACCAGGGCGGCGCCGUGGCCCUCGACACCACAAAGGCCCACAGCGGCAGCAACUCGAUCCGUGUCGACGGUGCGGGUGGCUUCUGCGGCCACAUCUUCUUUGGCACGGAGGCGGUCCCCGCGGGUGACUUUUACGUGAGGGUGUGGCUGCAAGCCAGCACGGCCCUUACCGACUCCCACGUCAGCUUCAUCACCAUGCCCGACCCGGCACAGGGCGACAACAAGCACCUGCGUAUCGGUGGGCAGAGCAAGAUCCUGAUGUACAACCGCGAGUCCGACGACGCGACGCUGCCCGCCCUGUCGCCCGACGGUAUCGCCGCGUCGGCGGCCCUCCCGACCGGCGACUGGCAGUGCUUCGAGUACCACAUCGGUGCCGACGGCACCAUCGAGACCUGGCUCAACAGCGAGGCCAUCGCCGGCCUGACGACCAUCGACAACCCGUACGCCGACCAGUGGUCGGGGAGCUCGAUCGUACCUAAGCCCUCGGGUGUCUACUUCGGCUGGGAGUCGUACGGCGGGGAUACCAACACCUUCUGGUACGACGACAUUGCCAUCGACACCGCCCGUGUCGGCUGCGAGUAA